AUGAAUCUUUUCAGAUCGUUCGUCAUCGAGCGACUAAGUGCAGCAGCUGAGGAGAUAUUAGGAGCUUUCGAGAGGACGAUAGAGGAGCACGAGGAAGAGAUUGAUCGACAGAGGAGACUGCUGGACAUCAUCCUUAAGCCCAGUGUUACCUUACACAGAACAGGGGAAAAGCCUUUCAAAUGCACCACUUGUGGGAGAGAUUUUACCUGGAAGUAUGACAUGGAGAGGCAUACAAGAACUCAUGCAGGGGAGAAGCCAAUCACAUGCGCCACAAGUGGGAACAUGUUUACCCCCAAGUCAGAUUUACAAAGGCAUGGAGAGAAGCCAUUCACAUGCCCCACUUGUGGGAAAAUGUUUACCCGCAAGUCACAUUUACAAAGGCAUGUAAGGACUCAUACAGGAGAGAAGCCAUUCACAUGCGCCACUUGUGGGAAAAUGUUUACCCGCAAGUCAAAUUUACAAAGGCAUGUAAUGGCUCAUACAGGGGAGAAGCCAUUCACAUGUGCCACAUGUGGGAAAAUGUUUACCCGCAAGUCACAUUUAACAAAGCAUGUAAGGACUCAUACAGGGGAGAAGCCAUUCACAUGCACCACGUGUGGGAAAUUGUUUACCCGGAAGUCAUAUUUACAAACACACGUGAGGAUUCAUACAGGGGAGAAGCCAUUCGGAUGCAAAACAUGUGGGAAAAAGUGUACACAGCGGUCAGAUCUGAAAAAACACGUGAGGAUUCAUACAGGGGAGAAGCCAUUCACAUGCGCCACUUGUGGGAAAAAGUUUACCCAGAAGUCAUAUUUACAGACACACAUGAGGACUCAUACAGGGGAGAGCCAUUCAGGAGCUGUGGUUGUGGAAAUGGGUUCAGCUCAAAAUGGCAUCUCAAACAACAUGCCAUGA